AGCAGCAGCAGCAGGCCCAGAACCAGCAGCAGCAGAACCAGAUGCACCAGUCCAGGCUGCAGCUUAUGCAGCUCCAGCAGCACGCUCAGGCUCAGGCCCAGGCCCAGGCCCAGGCUCAGGCCCAGGCCCAGGCCCAGGCCCAAGCCCAGGCCCAGGCCCAGGCCCAGGCCCAGGCCCAGUCCAUCCAGCAGAUGGUGCAGCAGCAGCAGCAGCAGGUCCAGGCUCAGACGCAGCCAGUUCAGAUGCCUCCUCACUCCCAGCAGCAGCAGCAGCAGCAGCAGCAGUCGGGCAUGGUGCCUCAGUCUCUGACCGGACAGAUCCCAUCCCAGCACGUCUCUCUGAACCAGCAGCAGCAGCAGCAGAGGCUGCAGGCCUUCCAGGCCCGUGCAGCCUUGCAGCAGCAGCAGCAGCAGGCAGCGCAGCAAGCUCAGCAGGCCGCAGCGCAAGCACAGCUCAACGCAGCUGCCGCUGCAGCCACCGUGCCUGGACAGCUGGUUCGUCCUGGGAUGCAGAUUCCAGCCCGCCUACCUCGAGCACCUCUGAACCCCAUCCCUCCUCAAAACGCCACCACUGCUGCAGCUGGCGUGGUGGGAGUGCAGGCCAUGACACCGCAGCAGAUGUCAUCGCCCUCACCGGUGCAGGUCCCGACUCCUCAGUCGAUGCCGCCUCCUCCGCAGCCGUCACCCCAACCCCCGACCUCACAGCCCAACUCAGCCAGCUCCGGUCCCACUCCGUCUCCGGGGGGUUUCCAGCCGAGCCCGUCUCCUCAGCCCUCGCCGAGCCCCGCCAACUCCAGAACCCCCCAGAACUACGGCGUGCCCUCCCCCGGGCCACUCAGUACUCCAGUGAACCCGAACUCGGUGAUGAGUCCGGCGGGGCCCACGUCUCUGGAGGACCAGCAGUACAUGGAGAAGCUCAAACAGCUCUCCAAGUACAUCGAGCCGCUGCGCCGCAUGAUCAACAAGAUCGACAAAAACGAAGACAGGAAGAAGGACCUGAGUAAGAUGAAGAGCUUGCUGAACAUCCUGACCGACCCCAGCACCAGGUGUCCCCUGAAGACGCUGCAGAAAUGUGAGAUCGCUUUGGAGAAGCUGAAGAACGACAUGGCGGUGCCAACGCCCCCUCCCCGCCUGGCCACCAACAAACAGUACCUGUGUCAGCCGCUGCUGGACGCCGUCAUGGCCAACAUCCGCUCGCCCGUCUUCAACCACUCUCUCUACCGAUCCUGCCCCGCCAUGAGUGCCAUCCACGGGCCACCCAUCAUGGGCCCGAACAUCUCCGGGCGCAAGAGGAAGCACGAAGAGGACGAGCGGCAGACGAUCCCCAACAUCCUGCAGGGCGAGGUGGCACGCCUCGACGUCAAGUUCCUCGUCAACCUCGACCCCUCGUACUGCAGCAACAACGGCACCGUGCACCUCAUCUGCAAGCUGGACGAUAAAAACCUUCCCAGCGUUCCUCCGCUGCAGCUCAGUGUUCCCGCUGAUUAUCCCGACCAGAGUCCGCACUGGGCCGACGACGGAGAGCAGUACGGUGCGAACAGCUUCCUUCAGACGGUUCACAGGAACAUGACGUCCAAACUGCUGCAGCUGCCCGACAAACACUCGGUGACCGAGCUGCUCAACACCUGGGCUCGCAGCGUCCAGCAGGCCUGCCUGUCUGCGGCCUGAGACCCCGCCCACUGCUCCCCUCUCAGACAUGUGGGACUGUACUCCUUGUGCAUGCUGGGUAAAACCUGCAGAUGGGCAUCAUCGGAGCCGAAACCCAUUACCGAUUUCUCUGCUGCUCCUUGAAUGCGUCAUGAGUCUGUUUCUGUUAGUUUAAAUAAAGUUUUAGUUCCUGUUUUGUAUGACGUCUUUUUGUAUUAAAUAAAAUGUGUUCACUUCA